CGCAGAUUUUGUUUUUAGUUAUUCGCCGAUAAUUGAUGUCAAAGGACGCGUUGCGACCGGUAUUUUACGGCGCGUACAAUUAACAAGGAUUUCAAUAAGAUACCCUUGAAUAUAUUGGGGUGACAGAAAAGUGUGAUAGGGGGAGAGUGUGGAUAGUGAGGAGGGAGUGCUGCUGUUUUCAAUUCCUUUGGAGGUUUUGGAUGUCGCUGGUGGUGGCAACAAUGCCAAAGGAAGAUCCUUUUGUGAACAGAGCCCAACUGUUGAAGGCUAUAAAAAAGUAUCCAGAAAUUUGGGAUUCCAAUAACAAACUGCACAUGUGCCGCAGCGUUACGGCACCCAUGUGGAAUGAAAUUGCAGAGCAGUUUGGCGGUCACGUACCCACCGUUAAGCUUCAAUCGAUUUGGAGCCAAAUGAAAUAUCACUAUCACAAUCUGGUACAUCGCCAAAUUUUACAUAAGGAACGUUUCACCACCAAAUGGGAACACUUUGAGCCCAUGUCUUUCAUGUAUAAUAUAACGGUGGCCAAAAUUGUGGGCGCCACUGGAAGCAAUGGUUCAGAGGCAAGUGAAAUGUCUCCCACUUCAUUGCCAUCGCCCCCACCGUUGCCUCAGUCUCAGGGUCGCGGUCGACCAAGUGGAAGCUUUACUUGGCUGCCACCGGUAGCUCCUCAAGCCGAGGUCAGCGUUGAGACCUCUCCGUUUACGGGCUUUACGGGUCUAGUGCCUCCUGCUGCUGUUACUGUGGAGACCACAACAACACCUCUGCGAAAACCAGGACGCCCUGGUUCACUAAACAAUAGUAUGCGGGGUCGUAUCAUUGAUUCCAUUAAAGCUAGACCGAUUUUGUGGGCUGGCCGACAAAAGGAGCAAGCCAAGGGACAAAAUCGCACAUCAGCUGUGUGGAAGGAGGUGGCUGUGGAGUUGGGUCUAACACCAAGCUUAGUUCAAACUCGCUGGUCCAUUAUCAAACAGCGCUAUGUGGAUGAAUUGCAAAAAGAACGUCACGCUCGUUAUGGCCAGGAACACUUUCAUUCGACUUGGGAACAUUUUGACCGUAUGUCAUUUAUGCGUGAGAUUUUGGUCAAAAAAGUGGACGAACGCGAACAGACACGUGAACAUAUCCAAGAAAUAGUCAGUGAAAAGCAACAAAUGCAAAAUCAUCACCAGCAAGCAGCCCAACAAUUACAUCAACAACAGCAGCAGCAACAACAUCAGCAUCAACAACUUCCCAUACACAAUCCACACCAGCAACAAAUACGUUACAUACGAUCCACCAACACAAGUGGUCUGAACUCCUCCACAUCUUUGUCCCCAUCGGGCGGUGGCGGCCCUCUCCAACAGACACAUCAUCACAUACACCAUCCACAAUUGACCAUGUGUGAUGAGAACGAACUGACAGUACACAAUGCCCAUGCCAAUGGAGUCAUUGGCAGCGAAGGAGUUGGCAAUAGUGGCUUGGUGGGACUUUUGCCGGGUCAUGCAGUUGUGAGCAGCACACGUAGGCGUGUCAAAAAUGAAUCCGAUUUGGAAUGGGAUCCGUUUGAGAUGAUCCUUCAUGUGCAGGCUGGAGGCACAGAGCCCCCCAACAAUUGAAUUGAUGCUCCCUUGGAGAACUUAAAAUAGAAACGAAAAACUACUAGAGACGUGACCGUGGAAGACUGAUUAUAUAGAUUACACUUCAGCCGAAACUAAUCAUCCGAUCAAGAUAUUUGUAUUAUGCAUGCACAUUUGUAUGUAUUCCUCCUCUAUGUGGCAUAUGUACUCGCAAAACAUCUUCACAUUCAUCAAUCCAUCCAUAUAUUUACAAUGUCUGCCUAUGGUGGAACCACUGACAAACCCGUUUCAUUUCUUCGCGUUCUUUGUUUAUAACUCUUUAUCAUGGAAGCACUAAACAUCCACACUUUCUGCGGCUGCUAUAGCUGCCCAGUCGCAAUAUACGCCACCCAGCCCCCUCAUGUCAAUCAGACGGCCGCACUCGAUCCAUAGUGGCUCCCAAGUGAAUGCAUUGCACUCGCCUGCUGAUGGAGCACUGAUGAAAAUGGGGAGAAUAUGUGUUUACAAGCAAAUGCUGAAAAAAGAAAAUAUUGUGAAUAUAUAUGUGCGGUGUUCUGGUUCUGUUUUGUUUUCAUUAGCUUUAAGAUAUAAGCAACAAACAUAAUAAAUACUUAUUAUUAUUCAGUACAGACAGACUAACGACAAGAGAGUCAGGCAUACGGACCGACAUUGUACACGAUACUUCCAAUCUUUCUGUAUGAAUUCAAAUGACUACCGAGAUAACAUUGAAAUAUUCAUGUGUCAAUAAAUAAAAUGAAAACAUUUUUGUAGAACCUUAGGUUCAAUUUAUGAUAAA